UGUCAACGGAAAGCGCUCUCAUUGGCUUGUUACCUGACGUCACUCUCCCGCGCCGCUUGUCGAGUUCUUUACUAUCGUGUGCAAGAGAUUUGUUGCAAAAUGUUGCUGCAUUGCUCGUAGCAGGAAGGUCAAUAGGCGCAAGCGAGUAUGUCUCAACCGUGGCUUUACCCUACCGUUUUAUUAUGUAUUUAUGGAUUUUUCUGCAGCUACAGACCACUGGAACCUUUUCUAACCUCGUUUUUGAUGGGACCUGAUAAAAACCUGACGGUGACAGAGGUUGUGAGUGAGAUCUAUCCAUUCUGGACAUAUUCCUACCUCGUGCUGCUUUUCCCUGUUUUUCUGGCCACAGAUUACCUUCGCUACAAACCUGUGCUCAUUGUCCAGGCGGCCAGCUUCAUAGUGACAUAUGCUUUGCUCAUGAAGGCCCAGAGUGUGAGGGCCAUGCAGUUAUUGGAGUUCUUUUUCGGUCUGGCAACUGCCACUGAAGUUGCCUACUAUUCCUACAUCUACAGCAUCGUGGAGCCAUCUCAUUAUCAGAGGGUGACUGGUUUUUGUCGCAGUGUCACUCUGUUGGGCUCAGCCAUUGGCUCACUCAUCGGACAGAUUCUGGUGUCUGUAGCCCAGGUGCCUCUGUUUUACUUGAAUGUCAUCACACUGGUGUCCUCCUGCAUAGCCUUCGUUGCCCCUUGGUUCCUACCCAUGCCCAGUAAGAGCCUGUUCUUUCACCACAGAGAGAGCAGCUCUCAGGAUGAAGGAGUUCUGGAACCCAUUAACAGCAGUCAGCUGAUCGAGAAGCCAGAGGAUCCAGAGUCCAAAAUACAGCUUAGCGCCGACGAAAGAACAACUCUCAAGGACAAGACUAGCAGUAGUGGAUUACUGGAAGUGGUAAAAAUGCUCUGGUCAGACUUCCUUGAGUGUUACUCCUGCUCUACCCUACUUGCCUGGUCAGUGUGGUGGGCUUUAUCCACAUGUGGUUAUCUCCAGGUGGUUAAUUACGCUCAAGCACUCUGGGAGAAAAUCUUGCCUUCCAGUGAUUUUGAGAUCUACAAUGGAUACGUGGAGACAAUUUCUACCUUGCUUGGCGCUUUUGCAGCAUUUGCUGUAAGCUUUGUGAAAGUGUCCUGGGCAGUGUGGGGAGAACUGGCUCUCUGCAUUUUCUCUGUGGUGAUUGCAGUGUGUGUGUACCUUAUGGACACUGUCAGAAAUAUCUGGGUUUGCUACACUUCCUACAUGCUCUUCAGAGCUACCUACAUGCUGCUUAUCACCAUAGCAAUGUAUCAGAUAGCUGCUAACCUAAGUGUGAAACGAUAUGCUUUGGUUUUUGGAGUAAACACUUUCAUCGCACUUUUACUGCAGACGCUUCUUACCGUGAUUGUAGUAGAUUCUGCCGGUCUAGGCCUGGACAUUUUUCUACAGUUUCUGAUCUAUGCAAGUUACUUUGCUGUGAUAGCUGUGAUAUUCUUUAUUGCUUGGCUGUAUAAACUGUUCAAAAGAAGGGGACCUGAAAGACCGAAUGAAUUACCCUCAACAGAGACCAUUCCAGAAGCUUGAAACACCUCACAUCAGCAUCCGUUAAGCACAAGGUUAUGCAAUAAUCAACUGAAUGCAUAGGUCAAAAUAAUAACUUUAUAUUAAGAAAAUGCAUCCACAGAUCCAGCUUUAAAGGUUAUAAAAGCACUGGUGAUUUUGAAAAGUAAGUUCACAAUUAUACACUAUAAGUGGCCGUUGGGGGUCACAGAGUGAGGAACAAAAUGCACUUAUUUAAUAUUUUAUUCACACCAUUAUGAUGCCUUACUUUUAUAGCCAGUACUAUCAUGAAUGUAAGCACUUGUUUCAAUCUGCCAUCUUUUCUGUUUUUGCCUGACAUAUUUACAGAAUUAUGGUACUGCAAAUUAUGUUUUUUACACACAUUUUGAUUUUGAAUGGAAAUAUUCCUAUAAAAAAGACUUGGUCCAGUUAUCUUCAUUGACUAUCAAAUAUAUUUUUAAUUGUUGGCACAUUUGUUUGGAGCUGAUUCUGAAUAGCAGCACAAUUGUGAUUGUGAUAUUGCUUUUAUACAACAGUUUGAUUAGAAAAAAGAGAGAUAACGAUUUUUACUCAGUCAGUGUUUUUGAGAAGAGGGAAUGAUUCAGUGACUAAAUCAAACAGACAGUCACGUGAUCAAUCAAAGUUGAGGAACAAAACUAACUUGUAUAAUGUGGCAACAGUUUAUCAUGCUGUGCUGCUGGCCUUAAAUUAUAAAAUUUCUCCUUAGAAAAACUAUGUGACUAGUUUUGUAGGACAUUCCAUCUAUGUUUUAUUGGUCACACUUUAUUUUAAGGUCCAGUUCAUAGACUGUAAAAAAAAAUGGACGUAGUGUCCGUGACGUCACUCGUAGGUUUCUGAAGAGCAUUUUUGAAGCCUAAAGUGGGCGGAGCCGACCGCCGCCAUCUUGGAAACGCGUCACCGCGCGUCAUUCCCGGAUAAUCGAAAAUGGGCAAAAAGGGAGAGGGCAGAGUCCUGCACGCGGGCGGGUGAACCGCAAAAAUUGACGUAACGGGUGGAAUAAUAUUGACGUGUCGGGUGCGGUGCGGGUGCGGGUACAAUUAUAACCAAGACUAUUUCGACUUAAUCCAGUACACGCUGAUAAGCAGCUCCUUUCUUUCAAAUUGUCCCGUGCUUGUAUUCGCGCGCUCUGUCUGAAGACCGGGCUUCUACAGCGGGAUUUGCAAACACUGAGCACUGUAGCCAAUCGACAGCUGUAUUGACAUUGAUUGACAGCUAGCCUUUUAGACCUGUUUAAAAUAGAUUGGUCACAUACGCAAUAGUUUUAUAUUGUUUUUACACGUUGGAUGUUGUGCGAGCUCUCUCUCUCUCUCUCUCUCUCUCUCUCGAGAUCCUCAACACUGCUGCCAGUCCUACAUAUUUUUAUGCAGCCUAUAAUGUUGCUUUCUCUCUCUCUGUUAACUUGUUGGGCUGCGUGUGUUAAAUGUUAUUAUUAAUUUUUAAACGCAUUAACUCAGAAUGACUUGUUAAUUGCUUGUUACAUUAAAAAUAAAAUAAAGGCGUUUUUUCCGCCUUAUGUAGAUUUAAUGCGGGUGCGGUUCGGGUCGCGGUUUUUAUGUCAAACGGGUCGGGUCGGGUCCGGAACUAAAUUAGUGUUGCUGUCGGAUAACGGGUCGGGUAUUCGGUUAACUACUGCGGGUGCGGGUUUAUCAAAAAGGACCCGUGCAGGACUCUGGGAGAGGGUGCUCGCUGCAGAGCCAAAUGGGAGGAGCUAGAGCUCCAGCUCCCCCUCGCUGGAUCUAGUGGGCGGGGCUUGAAGCGCUAUCAAGCGCCACCAUGUGGCUGUUAAUGUUAGUGCGAGUUUAACCGUAAUUGAAGUAAAUGUUUGUUUUGAUUUGCAAGAUGCUGGCAUAGAUAUUAUUGGCUUAUUUUUCUCUAAUAUUUGUCAUGAUUAUGAUUAUUUUCAGCAUGGUCAGUAUCGUUUCUUUGACAAACGGCAUUACGUAAAUACUUUUUUUUUUUUUUUUUAAAUAAUGCUUCGUCAACAAAUAACGCACGAUUCUCCCAUUGUAAAUACUUAUAUAAAACGCUCAAACUAUAUGUGUGUGCUUCUAACACCUGUUUAAACUAUGUAUCUAAAUAGUUUCCUCACUUUUGAAGUCGCUUUAGUGACUUCAAAAGAUUAGUGAGGUAUCCACUCCAACAACAUUUGGAAGACAGAUGGAAUUUAAUAGUCACAUACUCCAGUGUCAUACAAGUUUACGCUGGAUUUAUUUGUUUCUAUUAACCUAAAUUAGCUAAAUGUGCAUCCAAACAUAAAAUAAAUCAUACAUCUAGAUAAAAUAUUACAAUAAGAAGUUAUAAAAUAAUAAAUGUAAACAUAUUUCAAGAACAACACUUCUUAUACUUUCUUACACUACUUAUAUUUUACAAAACAAAAAUCAUUAUAAAAAAUAUUAAGCAGCACAAUUGUUUCCAACACCGAUAAUAAGCAUAUUAGAAUGAUUUCUGAAGGAUCAUGUGACACUGAUAACUGGAGUAAUUAUGCUGUAAAUUCAGAUUUGAUCACAGAAAUAAAUUAUAUUUUAAAGCACAUUAAAAUAGAAAACCAUUAUUUUAAAUUGUAGUAAUAUUUCAAAAUAGGACUCUUUUUGUCUGUAUUUUUGAUCAAUUAAAUGCAGGCUUGAUGAGCAUUGGAGACUUCUUUCAAAAAGUCUGUUUUGUUUUGUUUUGUUUUUCUCGUCUGGUCGAUGCUACAGAAUUCUGAGCACCAGAACGGACAGCACAGGAACAGUUUCUUCCCUCAGGCAAUCCAUCUCAUGAACACCUGACAAUAAUUGUGGAACACAGACUAUUUAUACACUUAUACAUCUAACACACCGUGCAAAGACAAAACAACUUCGUAUUUGGUCGAAAAUGAGUUAUUGAUCAUUUUGGGACAUUAUGACCUUUAUCAUGUGUUUAAGUAUCAUGGAGAAAAGCCCCGGAGAAACCGAGGCAGAAUACAGUAUAACAUCAGUUACAGCUCUUUGAUUUUGUUUUUGAACGCUCAAAUGAAGUUACGGUGCUCUGCAUUUGUUUGCAUUUGUUCGUCUGUACUGUGCCAGCCUGGAGCUAGACGGUAUUCUGACUUUGUUUUACUUUGCAAUAAAGUCUGCCAUUUUAAAUUGGUGUAACUUGUGUACUUUAUACAUCUGUCGGCACUUCAUUAGACAAACAAACUGCUCCAUAUAACAAAGCACUGUAAGCAAUAACGAUUCGAUAACUUGGCAACAAUAAUUAAUCGUAAAUAAUCUUUAAAGUGUUUUUUUUAUUUUUUUAUAAUGCAGAUUAUUCACUCCGUGUCAGUCUGGGGCUGCACACUUCUGUACGUGAUCCUCAAAUGCCGUGACAGCGUAUCACACAUAAAAUCAAUAACUUCGCAAUUUAAUCAUUUUCCUUCCUUUUCUUGUAAGUCGACAAAAUCCAUUGCAAUGAACGCCAUCGGAGAUGUUUAAUUCACAAUCAUUCGGAGCAUUAUCCCUGCUGGCGUUCACAUCAAUCCACAAGUCGUUCUUAAGCUAUUUUAAUUCAGUUCGAUGUAAAAACAAUAGGCGAAGUAUGACUUGCAUCCUUUAAUGUUAGCGAACAUUGCAAAUAAAUUGGUUGCAAAACGGUAUCCACUCACGUUUAACUAUUUGUCUGGUUGUUAUGGUCAGAAAAAAAAAAAAGAAUCAAUGAAAUAGCCAAUGAUCACUAGAUUGUAUCCAGAUGUUACUAAAAUGAUUCUGUAAAUGGUGAUCAGCACCCUAUAUAAUGUGGAAGUUACUGCCUUUUGCCUUGGUGUGACAUCUCCUGCAGACAGUGCAAAAGCAGAGUACAAUAUCAAUAUAGCGGUAAAAAUCAAGUUUGAGAUCAUUUUCAUUAAAACAUCCAAUUGGCAGAUUCCCAGUGUCCUACCUAUAAUUAUUUUCUUCUGUACAAAUACAAAUCUUUAAAGUUUCGCACUAGCGAGUUUCACACUCUGCAGCAGAGCGGCAAUCCACCUGUCACUCAAGUGGCCACGCCCUUAAUUAUGCAGAACUUUAAGGGUUAAUAUCAUUUAAACGGAUGAGUUAUAAAAAAAAUUCACCCCCCUCACAGUUGUCAUGAAGGGCAAAAUUAGCUAUAUAGAUCAAAAAAUCAUUUUUUGCACCAGGCUGUAAACAUGUUUUUUUCUGCUGUAAAGUUGUGCAUUUUAACAUGGAGAGUCAAUGGGAUUGACUCCCUUUUGCAACCAGCCUCCAGCGGCCAGUCGAUGAAUUGCAGUUUUAGUCACUUCCGUGUUGGCUUCACGAGAGAGAGCGGGAGGUUGCCGCUUGGUCCAGUUCUAACUAUUAAUUAAGACUUUUGCCUCAUACUCCUAUUUGCUGGUUAUUAAUAUUUAGUAAGGUAGUUGUUAAAUUUAGGUAUGGGUAGGAUUAAGGGAUCUAGUAAAAUGCAUGCUAGGUUAAUGGUGAAAAUUGGUCCUUAAAAUAAAAUGUUAUCAUUUUAUUUAAUGAAUUAUUCAAAUUAUAUAUAUAUAUAAAAAAAAACUGAAUUUACAGAUAAAGAGGAAGGCAUUUGUGAGGAAGAGGAAGGCAUACUGCUCCUAUAACCCUGGACAUAUCAGAUUAUGCACAACGGAAUUAAGUUAAACUAUUUAGAUUUGUCUAUACACAUGGUAAUAUUACUUGAUAUGGUUACUUGGUACAUUGCACCAUCUGUUGUAGCAUAUUUGCUUAUUCAGCUUGGCAAGUAUCUUUAAAUCUUUAUGGUCUAACAUUAAAGAAAAAAUGUUACAGUAAAAGCUUUUUUAGAAAUAUGCAGAGCUUAAAUUUACUUGCUGUAAUACUGUGAUUAGAUGUAUUUUCUUAAGUAUUCAGCCUUCAUUAAAAAUUUGAAAUGUGUAUUUUUACAGCAAUAAUAUGAUUGUCUUGUUCACUGUAUAAAUGAAGUAAUGAUUGUGCCAACAUUAUUAUAUAACAAUAUUUCAGUCAUGUUGUAAAGAAUUGUAGAAGAUACCAACAUGAGGGUUGUAUGAGUAUUUUGUGUGUGGGAACAACAUUAGUAUUUCGUUUCUAAGGUAUUUAUUUGUUUUUAGGUGUUCUCUAUGAUGUUGUAUACAAAAGCAGAAAACAUUGAGUAUGGUUUUCUGUCCUGCUGAUCUUUUUUUUUAACAAGAAUGAUUCUGUAGGU